GGUGGGAGGGGCGGGCCGGGCCGCCGGGAGCCUUCAUGGAAGUGACCCCCGGCCACCUGUGAAUCUACGGUUUAAAUCGCUGAAAGCAGAGCUGGGGUGUCCGGGACUUGCUUCGGUGGAGCAUUUCUUCGCCGCCUGCCCCCCGGUGAUCCCGCGCCCCCUGAGCUGGGGAGCCGCGCUGUUAGGGGCCGACGGCACUCGCGCAUCCUGAGUCCGGAUCUCCGGGGUGCUGGCUCCCUCUGGAGCAGAGGCUGGACCAGAUGAAAGGACCCGAGCAGUGGAGCAAAUACAUAUGUGAAACUCUCUUGCAAAGGGGUCUGGGGGAAGCUCCACAGCUGAAAGCACGACCUGGAAUUCCCCUCGCCUUAGAAAAUUUGCGUGUAUAUCUGUGUGAAAAAAUCAUAGCUGAGAGACAUUUUGAUCAUCUGCGUGCAAAAAAAAUACUCAGUAGAGAAGAUACUGAAGAAAUUUCUUGCCGAACAUCAAGUAGAAAAAGGGCUGGAAAAUUGUUAGACUACUUACAAGAAAACCCCAAAGGACUAGAUACCCUUGUUGAAUCUAUUCGGCGAGAAAAAACACAGAACUUCCUGAUACAGAAGAUUACAGAUGAAGUGCUAAAACUUCGAAAUAUAAAACUAGAAUAUCUGAAAGGACUAAAAUGCAGCAACUGUGAGCCUUUUCCAGAUGGAGCCACAAACAACCUCUCUAGAUCUAAUUCAGAUGAGAGUUAUUUCUCUGAAAAACGGAGAGCAUCCACUAUGUACCAUCCCGAAGGAGAAUCCAGCACAGCCCCCUUUUUUUCUACUGAUUCAUCUCUGAAUUUGCCUGUCCUAGAAGUAGGCAAAACUGAAAACCCUACAUUCUCUUCAACUACACUUCCCAGACCUGGGGACCCUGGGGCUCCUCCUUUGCCCCCAGACUUGCAGCUAGACGAAGAAACUUGUGGAAACUCUAGUGAGAUGUUUCUUCCCUUAAGAUCACGUGCUCUUUCAAGGCAAUGACAGUUUACAGCCUCUUCUAUUUUUUUAAUAAUGACUAAUAUUUGGAAGGAUAUGAAUCUUUAUAAAACUGCUAUAAUGACUUAUUAACACCUGAUACAUCUCUUUUUAAAUGCAAUGUAAGCACACUUUGUAAAUAGACUUUUGUGGAUACUCUUAGAUAGCUAAAGUAAAUCAUAUUGAUCAUGUACUUUUAAGAAUUUUGUGGGUUUUGGUUUUUUUUGUUUUUCAUUUUAUAGGUAUUUGCUGUUUUCACAUUUUUUAUGUUUUAAGACCAAUUUUAAUAGGGAACAUUUCUCUAUUUGAUAAUAGAGUCUCAGACUGGGAAUGAUGUUUCUCAGUGCAUUUGUGCUAGAAAUUUUCACAGUCUAAUAGUCCUUUCCAACCAUUUAGCAGUAAAUUUUCAGGAUGAAGCUGUUUCUAAAUCUCCUAUAUAAUAAAAGCCUAAUAUGCAAA